UUAUUUAAAUUUAAAAGUGUUUUUUGUCAAAUCAUUAUUAAUAAAAAUUGAAUUAUUUGGUAAUAUUCCAAUAUUGCAUUUGACACUUCGGGCAAGGAUUGAGUUUGACGUCUUUUAUGUUGGUAACAUAACCUCAAAAAUGUUUGGAAUGCAGAGGCAAAGGCAAAUUUUAAAAAGCUUGAAAUUAUUUAAUGAUUCUCUAAGAACAUGCUACGUACAGGUAAAGAGACCGAACUUAUUAGACCUUCCUCCUGCAGACGAAUCAAAUCUUGUAAAGUCAAAGAUACCUCUAUCUACUGUUCUUUGGAACAAAAUAAAGGCUACUGGACCCAUUACGGUUGCUGAAUACAUGAAAGAAGCCCUAACAAACCCAAUUUCUGGUUAUUAUAUGCACAACGAUGUAUUUGGCCAAAAAGGAGACUUCAUUACAUCACCUGAAAUAUCUCAAAUGUUUGGUGAAAUAAUAGCUAUUUGGUUUUUGAAUGAAUGUAAAAAUGUUCGAGCUCCACCAAUAAUUCAAAUAGUUGAACUUGGUCCAGGUCGUGGCACUUUGGCUAAAGAUAUCCUCAGAGUAUUCCAUCACUUUGGAUUUUCAAAUAAAAUUAGUUUGCAUUUAGUAGAAGUAAGCCCUUAUUUAAUUGCUGCCCAAUCUCGACUUUUGUGCAUGCAUUCUAGCAUAUCAUCAAACCCUAAAAAUACUUUUGUGCGAUCAGGUGAAACAUCAAACUCUGUACCUGUAUAUUGGUACAAUGACAUCAAAGAUGUCCCCAAAAAAUUUUCAGUAAUCCUAGCUCACGAGUUCUUUGAUGCACUACCGAUACAUAAACUGCAAAAUACACCAAGUGGUUUGCGAGAAGUUUUAGUGGAUAUUGAUGCUGAAAAACCUAACACAUUUCGUUAUGUUUUAGCAAAUAAUGAUACACCUGCUAGUAAAAUGUGCACACAACCUUUAGAAGGAAAGGAUCAAAUUGAAAUCAGCCCACAAAGAAAUGUUAUAGUCGACCAUUUGGCUUCAAGAAUUGAAGAAGAUGGUGGUAUGGUUUUAAUUACAGAUUACGGUCACAAUGGUGACCAGGGUGAUACUUUUAGAUCAUACAAAUCCAACAAACAACAUGAUCCUUUAAUAGAUCCUGGAACUGCUGAUUUAACAGCAGAUAUUGAUUUUUCUCAAAUAAAACGUAUAGCUGAAGCCAAUGAAAGGUGCAUAACAUUUGGACCGGUUACUCAGAGAGAUUUUCUGAAAAGAAUGGGAAUUGAUGUUAGAUUGAAAAUGCUCUUAAAGAAAGCUCCGAAACAAACAGUAGAUUCGUUAACAAGUGGUUAUUCUAUGAUUGUUGAUAAAGAACAAAUGGGGGAGAGGUUUAAAUUCUUUUGUAUGUUCCCAAAUGUAUUACGGUGUCAACUUAAAGAAAGUCCGGUUUGUGGAUUUUCAUGAAAAUGGUUUAUUUCAAAUAGUUUACAAAAAGAAAACAAAGAGUGUAUUUAUUAAAUUGUUCUACUUAAAA